AUGUCACGAUUGUUGUCACAUCUCCAACGCUACGCUAGACAUGCCAAUAGCGUGCAAUACCAAAGAACUUUUAAUAUAAGAGUAAAGAAGUGGAAACCAACAAUCCAAGCUGCUCAGGCUUACAUAACAGUGACAUCAUCACAGUAUUUUAAGAGAAAUCCAUCAGUAAUAAUUACUGCAUACAACUGGAAAUUAUGCAGAGAAAGAAUGUCAGUAGGAGGUUAUUUUUCAACAUCAUCAUCACUCUUGUACUCCUCAAAAUCUGUGGAAGAUGUAAUGAAAUGCAUUGAAACUGAAAUUUCAGAAAUAAAAGGGAAAAUGAUUGAGACAUUAAGACUAUGGAUUGUAAGGCUGCUGGAUAUGGGGCUUGAUAAACACCAGAUAUCAGCAGUUAUAUGCAAAUCACCAGACAUGUUAAAAACUUCACAUCAGAAGAUAAAUGAUUGUACUAUGUUUUUGUUUAACCUGGUUUUCAAACCUCAUGAAGUUUAUAGAAUUCUCACCCUGGCACCUGAUAUUGUUAAUACAGAAAUCAGCCAACUGGAUAAUAAUAUUAAACUUCUUAGAAAAUUGGGAAUUCAAGAUGGUACAUUACAGAAAACGAUUGCUUCAUGUCCUACAAUAUUGAUAGUAAAAACUAAACAAUUUAAAUUAAUUUUAAAAACUUUAAAAGAAAGAUGUCAAUUUUCUAAAGAACAGGUUUGUAAAAUUAUACAGACAUGUCCAACAGUAGUGCACGAAGAUGCAUACAAAAUGGAGGUUAAAUUUCAAUAUGUGUAUUUCACGAUGGGAAUACAAGACCCUAAAAGUCAAGUGAUUGCCAGAGUUUUCAAGCAUAAUUUGUUUCAUAUAAGGAAGCGACAUGAAUUUCUUGAAAGGAUGGGACUUUAUGAAAGACCCGACAAGAAGGGAAUGACACAGAUUGAAAAUCCAUCUUUGAAACAAAUUAUCGACACAACAAAUGAAAGGUUUGCUGUCAAGAUAGCAAAGUCUAGUGUAGAGGACUUUCAAGCCUUCUCCAAUGUUUUUGUUAAUGAGGUUUAUCAUGCAGAUAGAAAUAGUGAUUAUGAUAGUGAUGAUUAUGAUAGUGAUAUAUAUAAUAAUGUAUAUGAUAAUACAAAUAUCUAAUUAAUAUUCUGUUGAAAUCAUAGUAAUUUUUCAUCAAUUUUGUAGUUGAUAAAAAAAUGUGAUUAACUUUUCACUCUGCAUCACAGUCUCAUAGUGAGAGUUUGCUACA